GGCUCUCCUGCAGCCGGGACUGUACAGAGAAGGCCAUGUGGAUGCUGCAGGUGAUCGUGCUGUGUGUGCUGGCGGUGGCUCAAGCCGCCCCACCCCAGGACAAGGGCUUGAUCAUAAACCUGAAUAACGGUGAGCUGUGCAUGAUCAGUAUGCAGUGUAAGAGCUCCUGCUGCCACCGGCCCACCGGGUUGAGCCUGGCCCGCUGUGCUCCCCAGGCGGCUGAGAACCAGGAGUGCUCCAAGAAGACCCUGUACGGGACGUACUACCGCUGCACCUGUGAGAGUGGGCUGAAGUGUAAGGGGGACUUAUCCAUCGGGGGCUCCAUCACCAACACCAACUUUGGCAUCUGCGAGGACCCCAAGGGGAAGGCCGCCACCAUCUGAGCCCGUGGCCGGGGCUAAACUUGAGGCGCAGUCUCAAAUAAACACGUCAGAGACAAUAAAUCCUCUGGCCUCAAUCAGUUCUGCUCCCUCGUCUCUUUCAGCAGGUCUGUUAGGUGUGCUGUGGCUGAUCUUAAAUAUCCAGGAUGAGCACAUGAUUCACAUGUACCAGUCAUCUCUGAAAGAUGGAAUAUAAAUACACUUAAUGGAAUCAA